AUGACACACAGAUAUCAAUUUGAAGCUGUUGAUCGAUCACUCAAGGAUUUAAUGGGGAAUGACUUGCCGUUUGGGGGGAAAAUUAUUAUGUUCGGUGGUGAUUUCAGACAGGUUUUACCGGUGGUUCGAAAUGGAACUAGAGCUCAAAUGAUUGACGCAUCUUUUGUCAGGUCCCCUAUGUGGAGACACAUUCGUAUUUUGCGUUUGAGAGAAAAUAUGAGAUCAAUUGAUGAUAACGGCUUUGCUAAUUUCUUACUCUCUGUUGGGAACGGUAAUGAACCUACUGUUUCAGAUCAGAUGAUAAGGUUACCCACUGCCAUGAUUAUACCAACAGUGGCAGAUAGUUCGAUCGAGGCUUUGAUCGACCAGGUCUUUCCAAAUUUAAGUGAGCACGUUGGUGAUGGAAAUUUUAUAGUUGAAAGGGCGAUCAUCACACCCCUGAACGAAGACACUGAUAGAAUAAAUAAUAAGGUUGUCGAAAAGUUUCUCGGAGAAGGAAAAACGUAUUAUUCGUUUGAUUCUGUUCCUGAAGAUAAGAGAAAUUUGUAUCAACAAGAGUUUUUGAAUUCGAUUUCUGCGUCGGGAUUGCCUCCCCAUGCUCUCACCCUGAAACCUGGGGUACCCUUAAUGCUUUUGAGAAAUAUUGAUCCUAAACAUGGUCUUUGCAAUGGAACACGGUUGCUUUGCCAUUCAUUAAAGGACAAUUUCAUUGAUGCUGAGAUUUUAACCGGACAUUCUAGGGGGAACAGAGUGUUUUUGCCAAGAAUUCCCUUGAAAACUGCUGAAGAUAUUAAAUUGCCAUUCGAGAUGGUCAGAAAGCAAUUUCCUGUGAAGUUGAGUUUUGCCUUGACUAUCAACAAGUCUCAGGGACAAACUAUUCCACAUGUUGGGAUAUUCCUCCCUGAUCAUGUAUUUAGCCACGGCCAGCUAUAUGUGGCAUUAUCACGAGGAAUUUCAGAGAACACGACAAAGAUCGUGGUAGAAAAGGGAAAGGUUCAAGGUUGUGAAGGCAUAUUCACUAAAAAUAUUGUGAUGACAGAGUACCAUUAUCCAACUUUUGAGCAUUUAUAUCCUAGCGGGGUACAACGAUAUGAUGUACGAGCCCGACUGAUUCGCAAUUAUGAUAUUUUCAACUACAACCAUAAAGGAACAACCAAGCAAACAUGGAAAAUGAUUUUUGUCGAUGUUGAGGGUCAGGCCAUACAGUGCAAUAUUUUCGGCCCCGCGAUUGAAAAGUUUAUAGGACGGUUUCAAGAGGGAUUCAUUUAUAUACUCCUUGCUGUACAAGUGAUAUUUGCUGAAGGGAAAAACAAAAUUGUCCCCAAUUGGAAACAGAUGAUCAUCAAAGAAGAAACAAAUGUGAUACGUGAAGAGGAGGAUGACAUUUCCAUACCUUCAUUCCACUAUAAUUUGGUUCAGUUGAACCGAUUAAGUUGUCACAUCGACUGUACUGAUAGAGUUUAUGAUGCAAUGGGAUUGGUCCUAUACGUUUCACCGGUUGAGAAUAUUGGUGUGGAUUCAUUUAAGCGAGACGUGGCAAUAAUGGAUACAACCUGGACUGUUAUUAAAUUAACACUUUGGAAUGAUUUUGUGCACGUUCUUGAUGAAAAUCUUAAUCAUGUUGACGUGGCACCAAUCAUUGUAGCAUGUGGUCUGCAUGUCAAGAGCUUCUAUGGCACAUAUCUUUCCACGGGAUACCACACUAGGGUUUAUGUUAACCCGGUUAAUGAAAAAACAACAUCCUUAUCUACAUGGUAUAAAUCGGAAAAAUUGGCAAAGAUAAGGAGAGAUUGGUUUCGUUCGUCGACUUUUUCGUUAAAGUCGUCGAUUGAUAUUUCUAACACUCCCCGUAUCCGAUUAUCUCAAUUUCCCAGCGUGAGAAAGGUUCAAUACUGUCGAGUUGUUGCAUAUGCAUGUCGCGUUGAUAGUGUUGAUAACAUCAUAUAUGAGGCAUGCAAUCGUUGCCUAAAAAAGGUUGUCAUUUUUCAAGGACUACAAAAAUGUCAAUCUUGCAAUCUCACCAACACUGUAACUAUCCCAAGGUUGCUUCUUCGACUUACCAUAUUUGAUAAAAGUGGUAAUUUGAAAGUCACAAUAUUACACGAUCUUGCACAACACCUUUUAGGUUGUUUAGCUACUGAAAUAAAAUCAGUACUUCAACAGCCUAAUGGACGUAAUCGAGUGAUGGAAAAAGUAUUUGCAUGUUUCGGAAACAGAGCUUUUUCAUGGGUGCUACAUCCACCAAUUGGAGAUUUUAAUCCUGAACAUUCGUAUACGGUUGGAUAUGUGUUGCAUGUCGAUUGGGCGGAGGAGUGCAUGUGGUUAAACAAAUAUAUUGCGAGCAAAAAAAGAAAAUGAUAUUUACUAUUUUGUAUGUACUUCAAUUUUGAUUUUUCAAUAGGAUAUGUUAGUUGUAUCAAAAUAAUGUUAAUUUUUUUUAAUAGCUUUAAAUUCGUCAUGUAAGGCUACGAGUAUUGUAUGACCUCAAUGUCGCAAAAUAUGGACUUUGCGAAUGAUUAUUAGUGUCUAAAAUUUGUAAAAUUUCGCAAGCAUCGCGUGCA